GCUCCUGCAACUCAUGGCCAUCGGAUCGAGACCUCCGCCACGAAUUGAGCGCAUGGUCCUCCGCCUGCAGGAUCUAAGCUUCCAGCUCCAGUACAAGCCUGGCCCAGAAAACCCGGCCGACGUCGUCAGUCGCAAUCCGCAGCCUCAUCCCGACUUGCCAAACAUCGGCGCACAGGAAGACACUGCGUACAUACAUGCCCUAGCUACAGCAGCUAAGCCGAAUGCGUUGGCCCUGAAGGAGAUUGCGGACGCCACCACCGCAGACACCACACUGCAAGCCAUCCUUUCCUCUCUGCAAUCUGGCCGCUGGGAUUCCAACCACACCACGGUCCGCCCGUACUUUGCCCUCCGCCAUGAACUGUCUGAGAGUGACAGUCUACUACUCCGCAACGACCGUCUCGUCAUUCCCACGGCCCUCCAACGGCUUACCCUGCAGCUUACACAUGCGGGCCACCAAGAUAUUGUCCGCACCAAGCAACGGCUCAACAGCAAGGUUUGGUGGCCCAACAUGGCUACUGAAGCCGAAACACUCUGCCGGCAAUGUAUUCCGUGCCAAGCAACUCUCUCAACGACACCGCUACGUCCGGGAGUCCGUGCCCACACCACCGUCCACCAAGCCGUGGCAACGAGUCUUCGUCGAUUUGUAUGGACCCAUGCCAAACGGUCAGCACCUGCUUGCCACUAUCGACCAAUUGACUCGCUACCCGGUCAUCAAGUGUUCAGCACGACACCCACUACGGCCGGUGUUGUUAAAGCUCUGCGCUCUACAUUAUCCAUGUUCGGCUUGCCCGAAGAGCUAGUCUCGGACAACAGUCCUCAGUUCCGUUCUUCGGCUUUUGCUGAUUUCCUCGCGCAACACGCUAUCCAGCACCGCCACACCCCUCCUUUGUGGCCACAAGCAAACGGAGCAGUCAAGUGCCUCAACCGUACCAUUGGCAAAGUUCUGCGAACCGUGCCAAACUAGCUGGCGAAGACAUCAAUGUUGCAUUAGACCAAUGGCUCCUAGCGUACCGCACCACGCCACACCCUGCCACUCACGAGGCACCGGAAACACUCAUGUUUGGUCGCCCCAUCCGCGACAGCAUACCCUGCAUUACGGCAGCCGCACCAGACUUGCCUUCAGCUGCCCACCGUGACCAGCAAUUCCGCCAAUCCCAGUGCGACGCUGCCAAUGCCACCCGCCGGUCAAACGCCCCCAUCCUCACUCCUGGUCAGCGCGUCUUACGCCGCAAUGAGCAGGCACACAAGCUCUCACCACAGUGGGAUCCCAACCCCUGGACCGUGGACCAGAUCUCUGGGUCUACGGUGACGAUCUCCAACUCAGCAACUGGCCAAAGAUCGACUCGCCAUAAUUAUGUCGUUCGUCAAGCCCGUAAUUGUUGUCACACUGCCAGCCCAUCACCCACUACCAGCUGAAAGUUCUGCCACCACACCUUACAAAAUUACAACAAAAUCACAUGCAAGAAGUCCUUUCACUUUGACUACUGCUCGUUGCGUGACAUCACUCCUCACCAAAGGACUUCCUGGGGAUCACAAUCCUAAACAGACAAAUGUACGAAUACCGCAACUGACUCUGUUGUUCUGCACGCCACGAUCAACACGACUGCGUGCAAGACACAGCUGAUCAUCGUCACUGUACUCUUCCCUGAGCACGUUACCCUGUCGCUGCAGCCUGCGACGGACAUUCCAUAGUUCCACCAACUUGAU